AUGGCAAAACCCCGAAGAAACGUAAAGUUUGCACAUCGCUCGAAUCUGAGCACAUCUAGCGACAUUGGUCGCAGAGACAGCCUUUCUGGUGAUGAUAACGCCCCUUUAAGUCCUUUAAGGAACGGAAUAUCUGUGGAUGGCAUAGACUCUAGUACUGGAAGUAGAUCGCCUGUACUGAAGGAAGAGUCCACUCCACUAUCAGAAUAUGAAAAGAAAAAGCAGACUUUCAUUACCCGCACAAUAUGGACGCUGGUGAUGAUAGGAACCUUUUUCUGGGCGAUGGCGGCGGGCCACAUAUACAUCGUGGGACUGGUCAGUGCUGUGCAGGUGAUAACCUUCAAAGAGGUAAUCGCUAUCGCAAAUGUGCCAUCUCGGGAAAAGAAGUUGCAGUUCACAAAAAGCUUGAAUUGGUAUUUUCUUGCCGCCACCAUGUACUUUUUGUACGGUGAAAGUGUGAUCUAUUACUUCAAGCAUAUCGUCUUGGUUGAUGCAUUCUUACUGCCACUUGCGACACAUCACCGCUUUAUUAGUUUUGUUCUUUACAUGAUGGGCUUUGUAUUCUUUGUUGCUUCGCUCAAGAAAGGGCAUUACAAGUUCCAAUUCACGCAGUUUGCAUGGACACACAUGGUUCUCUACCUUGUUGUCGUCCAGUCGCACUUCAUCAUGAACAAUGUUUUCGAAGGAAUGAUUUGGUUUUUCCUGCCGGUAUCUCUUGUCGUUACGAAUGACAUUUUCGCCUAUAUCUGCGGUAUUACCUUUGGACGAACCCAGCUCAUUAAGAUAUCCCCCAAAAAGACAGUUGAAGGGUUUUUGGGAGCAUGGAUCUGUACUGUAAUCCUUGGGUUGUUUAUGACAAACCAGUUGAUGCGCUACAAGUACUUUGUUUGCCCCGUUAAGGAUCUUGGCUCAAACGCGUUCACCGGUCUUGAAUGUACCCCCAACCCGGUUUUCCUCAAGCAAGAAUACGAGCUACCAUUCUGGAUGCAACCCGUCUUUGGGAAGAUCUUGCUCAUCGAGCCCAUGCAAUUCCACAUUCUGGCGAUGGCCACAUUUGCAUCGCUCAUUGCGCCCUUUGGAGGUUUCUUUGCCAGUGGCUUGAAAAGGACAUUCAAGAUCAAAGACUUUGGAGAUUUGGUUCCUGGCCACGGAGGAAUUACAGAUCGCAUGGACUGCCAGUUUAUUAUGGGAUUCUUCGCAUAUAUGUAUUACCACUCGUUUAUCGCCGUCCACGUUCGCGCAACUGUUGGUGGAAUCUUGGAGACUGCGAUCACAAGCUUGUCACCGGAAGAUCAGAUGGAGGUUGUUGAGCGCCUAGGGAGAUACUUGGUCGGGCAGGGGAUUGCAAACGAAAAGCUCCUCGAGUGUUUUAAUGGCGCAAUCAACGGCCAGUAA